GAGUGAAGAACACUCACUGUCAACACAUCUAGUACGGUCGCGAGGAGAGAGAGAGAGAGAAGAGAGAGAAAGAGAGCUGAGCUCCAGACUCGUAAAAAAUGCAAGAUCCGGUCAACCCGAAACCGGAUCCGAGCUCCAGCUCUCAGGACUCUCAGCGCCCACGCAUGGCGCCGCCGUUUCAGGACGCCACUCCGAGCCUUCCUUUCCGGGGCUCCUACCACCGUCGAGCCCAAUCCGAGGUCCAUUUCCGGAUCCCCGACGACCUGGAUCUGCUCCAGGACCCGUUCGACGGCCCGUCCGGCAGAUUCGAGGAGCUGGGGGGCUCCGAGGAAGAUAUCUUCGGCACCUACAUGGACAUGGAGAAGCUCGGAUCCAAACUCGACGACGGGCCCUCCGACCUGAAACCCGAGAAUGCCGGCGGUUCCCUGCAGUCGGAGGGCGGCGGGUUUGGUGGAGAUAUGAGCGCGAGGCCGAGACAUCGUCAUAGCAACUCCGUGGACGCGUCUUUGGAUAGCAUAGAGGCUAAGAAGGCCAUGGCUCCCGAUAAGCUGGCCGAGCUCUGGACCGUCGAUCCCAAACGAGCUAAGAGGAUUUUGGCAAAUCGGCAGUCUGCAGCUCGGUCAAAAGAGAGGAAGGCCCGGUACAUAUCAGAACUUGAAAGAAAAGUUCAGACGCUACAAACAGAAGCUACUACUCUAUCAGCACAGCUCACUUUGUUCCAGAGAGACACAUCGGGCUUAUCUUCUGAGAACACAGAGCUUAAGCUUCGGGUGCAAGCUAUGGAACAACAAGCUCAAUUACGUGAUGCUCUCAAUGAUGCACUGAAGAAAGAACUUGAGAGGCUCAAGGUUGCAACUGGAGAACAAUUAACACACAUUGAUUCAUACAAUCUGGGAAUGCACCAUUUUCCAUAUUCGCAGUCCCCCUUCUUUCCCAGUCAGUCACAGACCGGGUCACGGGAUUCCCAGAACAUUCACAUGCCACAGUUCCAUCAAUUCCAGCCUAAUAUGUCAGCUCCCCAUCAACCUAUGCUUGGAUCAUCCCUGUCACAUGCCUGCUUAGAUAUGUCACAGCAGGAUCCUAUUGGCCGAUUUCAGGGGCUUGACAUCAAUAACAGAGGUUCUCAUCUAGUAAGGCCUGAAGGGCCCUCAAUAUCUGCCGGCGAAAGUAACAGAAGAUUUUAAAACCUAAUCUACCUCAGGUCCACCUUAUUUGUUGGAUUGUUCAUAGACUGACCUCAGCCAAAGGUAUGGUUUAAACUUCUUUUACUGGACUUUGAUUCUUUGAAUUGAUUGCUCCCAAAAAUUUUGGUAGCUGCUUUAGGCCGUAAGUUGUUCAUGAAUGCUUAUUGAAUUCCAAAUUCAUUCGUUCGGGCUGCUCAUGUGGGAAUAGAGUGUUGUUCCCACUUCCCGGUGAUUUUAAGAGAUGCGGCUCUUCAUGCUGGGGAUCCCCCUUCCCCCAUGUAUUCUCCUCGUUUGUAACCAUAGAUAAUUUGACAUGCUGUGGAAAUCUGUGUUGUGUUGUUCAUCCGUUGUCGCUCUCAAAUUAUAUUAACUUGCUUUUGAUGUAACAACAAUUGAUGUUUGUUUUAGCUUCUUCCCUUCCUGGUGAGAAAUGCAGUCUGAUUUUUAACCA